UAAAAUUCUUUUGUUACUUUCCUUGAUGUUGCAAGUAUAUAUGGAAUCCCAAGUGGAAAUGGGACCCCUAUGAAAGCACUUCACGCCCUUUUAUGCCCCAUAGUUUGCUCUUUACUCGACCAAUGCAAUUCAAGACCCCACUUUAAACACCCUAUAAGAACUCCCUUCACGAAUCACAACUUCAUCUUCCCAUUCCAUCAUCAUCUUCACAAAAAAAAUAAGAAACCCACAAAAAGGAGAGGGAAAAAAAAAAUUCUCUCAAGAAAAAAGAAAAAUUCCUUAAUUUCAUCAAAAGAAUCAUCAGACAAUAUGAAGAUGAUGAGUGGCAGCAAUUUAGGAAGCUCAAAGAGAAGAAUAGCAAGUAGAGGACUUGGUGGGGCACUUAGAGAACAAAGAGCUAAGCUUUACAUUAUAAGAAGAUGUGUGGUUAUGCUUCUUUGUUGGCAUGAUUGAGUUCGACCGAUCCUUUGGCCAUGGUUCGAUUCGAGGCACUGAAUGAGUACGAAAAAUUUCAACUCACCACCGGAGUCUGGACUAGGCAUCUAGUUGGUUUUUUUUUCUCUCUUCUUAUUAGAAAAUGUGUAGUUUGCUUCUACGGCCUUCGUUCGAUCAUGGCUCAAUUCGAGACAUUGGAUGAGGACAAACAAUUUCAACUCACUACCAGCCUAGGCAGGGAGUUGGCUUUUUUCCUCUCUUGUUAGAUUGUGUAUAUAUUAGCGCCGGCUGAUGUUAUAUUUUUUUGAGUUGUAACAAUUUUGUACUAAUUAAUGGCCUUACAAGGCUUGAUAGCUUGAACUGAAACAUUUAAUUUGAUUCAUUUCUUCUUUUUAUAAAAUCUUUUUUCUAUUCAA